AAAUUUAUUUUAGGAAUGUGCUUGUCUGCGACCUGUGAUGGUUGAGGUUUCUUAGGUACAUCUUGUGACUUGAAUGCAGAAUUUGAUGAGGUCUGGAUAGAUUAGGAAAUAUAAAGUUCUUAUUCAGUCUGGUUGACUUGGUAGAACUGAUCUAAGAGCAGGCAAAUCGCUUCCAAGAGACACAGUCCAGAAAAACAGCUCUGUAGCAGGCAUCUCUUGACACCACAGUAUAUUCUGGGUAGCUGCUCUGCAGUAAUGCAGCCCUGUCUUUCUGGGCAGUGUUGUUAUUCCUGCUGCAUAAUUAGCAACUAGUGAGAUCAUAGUCUGGGGAGAUUCUGGCAUUACUGAGGCAGAGCAAGGGAGGCUUCUUUCCUCAUCACACAUGGCUCUGGCUCUGACAGCAUUUCUGCUGAGCAGAUUCAUGCCCUUCUGGAACUUAAGUCCCAAGACAGAGAAGGAAAAAGAUUUAUGCCUGGGAAGUGGACUGUCUCAUACUCCUCGGUUUUGUGAAGGCGUGUUGAAAACACUGCUUGCUGUAUUGAUGUAACCAGAGUAGACUAUCACUUCUUUUGCUGUUUUCCCCUUGCUGGUUUCUUUACAGAGAGCAAAAGAUUGUAAAGAUAGGUUUUCCUUGAAUGGGAUGAUGAUAAACCAGAUGAGCCAUAUUUCAUGGAGUGUAUGAAAUUGGGAAAGAUUCUGGGUUUUGAAGCCAAUGCAGAUUCUUUAGUACCAAAUUUGACCUUUUUAGGAGUUUGGUGAAAUACUUUAUUCUUGUGAAGAUGUAGAUAAAGGGUUUUCCUGACUGUGAUUUCCUUCAAAAUUGAGAGCCUGGAGCUGUAUUUCCCAAAGUGUGUUCCAAGAAUUACUUGCCCCCUAAGAUACUUUGGAACAAACAGUGGGUUCCAUAAUCAGGUUUGUAGAAAAACUACAUUCUAUGUUUUCUCCCAGCCUUCACCAUUCUCAUCAGUAUUAUAUAUUAAGGUCCUCUAAUAGGUUUUGCCAUAAGCAGUUUUCUAAACUCUUUUGACAUAGCAGUCCUAUGUCCAUGUGAAAGCUAUAAAUGUCCUUGGAAUUAAUGUAUUUAAGAUAUACACUUUGGGAAAUGUCAGGCUAUAUUAACACUAGGAAAAAUAACUGGGUCUAGUCUUGGUUUAGGCACAGCCUAAUUCUGCUUUGGAUCCCCAGUCCCUCCCACUAGUCCCUUGGAGAGCUCUCCCGUGUGAUCAGAACAGCUACUAUUAUCUCUGGGUUAAUGAAGCUUAGAGCCCAGCUGGAUUGGAACCAAAGGCCUUCCCUCCACUGGGAAGGGUGCUGUUGCUACCCAUCUCAUUAUUCUAGGAGUGACAGACUAGAGGGGCUGAAGGGAAACAAAAGUAGGAGAAUGUUAGCUCAGUAGACAAAUGACCUAACGAGAAACCAGACAUCAGUGCUAGGUCAGGUGCUUGCUUUCUUCAGUUAGGGAGCUGUGUGUAUAGACUUGGGAGGAGUCUGGCUUCAGACAGGAAUGCUGAUUCCUCUUUUCCCCUGGGCAGAAUCCUAAUGCACCUGGCUAGCCCGUGGUGAGCAGGGGCUUUGGGGCCAACGUGGUGGGCUCCCCAAGGAAACCCCUUUGAAACCAAUGGAUGCAUUCACGGGCUCGGGUCUCAAGAGGAAGUUUGAUGAUGUGGAUGUGGGCUCUUCAGUUUCCAACUCAGAUGAUGAGAUCUCCAGCAGUGACAGUGCUGACAGCUGCGACAGCCUCAAUCCUCCUACAACUGCCAGCUUCACACCCACAUCCAUCCUGAAGCGGCAGAAGCAGCUGCGGAGGAAGAAUGUACGCUUUGAUCAGGUGACUGUAUAUUACUUUGCCCGGCGCCAAGGUUUCACCAGUGUGCCCAGCCAGGGUGGUAGCUCUCUGGGCAUGGCCCAGCGCCAUAACUCCGUACGCAGCUACACACUCUGUGAGUUUGCUCAAGAGCAGGAGGUAAACCAUCGAGAGAUUCUCCGGGAGCACCUAAAGGAAGAGAAACUCCAUGCCAAGAAAAUGAAGCUGACCAAGAAUGGGACGGUGGAGUCUGUGGAGGCUGAUGGCCUGACACUGGAUGACGUUUCAGAUGAAGAUAUUGAUGUGGAAAAUGUGGAGGUGGAUGAUUACUUCUUCCUGCAGCCACUGCCCACCAAACGGCGACGGGCCCUGCUCAGGGCUUCUGGGGUCCACCGCAUCGACGCUGAAGAGAAGCAAGAACUUCGAGCCAUCCGCCUGUCUCGGGAAGAGUGUGGUUGUGACUGUCGACUGUAUUGUGACCCAGAAGCGUGUGCUUGUAGCCAGGCUGGGAUUAAAUGCCAGGUGGAUCGCAUGUCCUUUCCCUGUGGCUGCUCCCGGGAUGGCUGCGGGAACAUGGCUGGGCGCAUCGAGUUUAAUCCGAUCCGGGUCCGGACUCAUUACCUCCACACCAUUAUGAAGCUGGAGCUGGAGAGCAAGCGGCAGGUGAGCCGCCCAGCAGCCCCAGACGAGGAGCCCUCACCCAUGGCCAGCUGCAGCCUGACAGGAGCACAGGGCUCCGAGACGCAGGACUUCCAGGAGUUCAUUGCCGAGAACGAGACAGCAGUGAUGCACCUGCAGAGUGCAGAGGAACUGGAGCGGCUCAAGGCAGAGGAAGACUCCAGUGGCUCCAGCGCCAGCCUAGACUCAAGCAUUGAGAGCCUGGGUGUGUGUAUCCUGGAGGAGCCCCUUGCUGUUCCCGAAGAGCUGUGCCCAGGCCUUACAGCCCCCAUUCUCAUCCAGGCUCAGCUGCCCCCAGGCUCCUCCGUCCUGUGUUUUGCCGAGAACUCAGACCACCCAACUGCCUCCACGGUGAACAACCCAUCCUACUUGAACAGUGGGCCCCUGGUCUAUUACCAGGUGGAGCAGAGGCCAGUCUUGGGAGUGAAAGGAGAGCCUGGUACGGAAGAAGGCCCAGCCUCUUUCCCCAAGGAGAAGGAUCUGAGCGUCUUCUCUCUCCCUGUUACCUCACUGAUGGCUUGUAGCCCCACAGACCCAGCUGCCCUCUGUAAAUCAGAGAUGGGGAAAACGUCCACUCUAGAAGCGCUAUUGCCUGAAGAUUGUAACCCCGAGGAGCCCGAGAAUGAAGAUUUCCGCCCGUCUUGGUCCCCCUCAAACCUCCCAUUCUGCACGGACAGUGAAGAAGGCUGUGGGGUGGAGAAGACCUCACAGCAGAGUGAGGAUCGGCCCCCUGAAGAUCCUUCCCUAGAACUCCCGCUGGCGGUGUGAUGUGGGGAUGGAGAUUCUGCCUCUUCCCGUUCUCUAUUUAUUCCCUUAUUUUAUCUAACGCCAUUUCGAAACAAAACUAUAGAAGCAGCUGCUGCUCCCAUGUUAUUUUAUUGAGGUCUUUGGGGAAUGGGUGGGAAAGGAGUGUUUGUACAAGUAUUUUUUAAAAGGGAAACAGUACCAAGAAGACCAGCCCCAGCUUGAUGCGGGGAUAGAGUCUUGGGGCAGAGGAGGCUGCAUGCGUAAUACUGAAUACUGAGCUUUCUGGGCCAUUGGAACAAAGAACUAGGAUCUGACAGGAGAAGCUGGGUAAUUCAAGCAGCUAUUCUUCAUGUAGGGACCAGAACGUGAGAAUUUAAACAGCAUGGCAAAGCCCCUUCUCCUUUCCUGAGCUCCAGGUGGGGUACAAGCUCACCUUUCUCAGUGGUCACUCUAAUAUCCCAUUUUGGUGUAUCAUAAUACUACAAUUGGAAAUGUCACCUGGUCGAAUCUAGAGGAAGGGGUGGAAGGGUCUCUGCUUCUGUACAAGACCUCCAGGAUUUAUAAAAAUUUAACCUGCCUUUUUCUGACCCCCGUUUGGUAAAUAAGUUACUAUUUGACAUGUUAGGUGUUCUCUGACCUGUUCCCCACACUGGGGAUUCCUGGUCUGUAACUUGAAUUGUUUCUUUCACAUAUUCUUAGGUACUAGAGUUAAACUUGUCUAUUUGUCUUUUUCCCCCUCCAUUCUUUUUCCUUUGGAGAAAAAGAGCUAGAUUGUCUGGGGAUAUGGUAUAAAGAGCCUGAGUCUUCCGUACGUGUCUGACACUAGCUGUCAGGCAGCUCUAGGUAGAUGGGGCUCACCCAUCCCAUGGGAGGGCUAUGUGGAACAUUAACUGUGUCCAAAGGAGGCAGCAGGAAGAGGCUGCUGUCUGCAAAGAUGACUUUAUUUGUGCCAUGCUUGCUUUUUCACCCAGGUGUUUCUCCCUCUUUGGGCAAUCUGAGCUUUAAUGGAAUGUAGGAUAUGGCAAUCUAAGGUCACCAACUAGUUUCUGUACUUUUUUUCUGUAUCUACCCUUGUCCUUCUUGGAUAUUCAGGGCUAGAGAGUUCUUACAAGCCAGUGUAAGUUCAACCCCAAGAAUUGCAAACGUCUGUUGGGCCCCUCCAUCUUGAUGAUAUUAAAAAACUGGAAGCCAAAUUCUUAAGGUUCCAAAGGAUUCAAGUUCUGAUUAUAACCUCUAAUGUCUAUGGAAUGGAACUCAGACCGAGUUAAAUUCAGUUCUUACCUCUGUCAGGGGAGAUACGGUUCCUGCUCCUUAUAUGUCCAGCUUAUUUUCCAAGAUCUGUUCCAUUCAACACCACCGAUUUUUUUUUUUAACUAGCAAAGUUAUCUCUGCCUCUUAAAAUGGAGGCAGCGAGGAACAAAACACUCUUCUCCAGCACCCUUUAUGCCACGCUUCACUUCUGGUAUGGCUUAUUAACCAGAAAAGAAAAAAGUGAAAAACUCUUUUGUAUGUGGGAAGAUAACUAUUUGUACUUAUCUUGCUCAUAAAGCCUUUCCUUGUGGGCUAUGAAGGCCCUGGUGUCUUAAAGCAACCUUCAUGUAUGUCAUAGCAUUUUACCUAUAAAAUCACUAAACUUAAACUCUGGGCCUGAAAGGCCUUGUACUUAAUACAGAUACAUUUUUUAGUCCAUUCUGCCUUUCCUAUUCAUUCCUAUUUUUGCUUGGUGUUUUGUUUGGAGGAAAGUUCUUAAGUACAUAGGUCCUUAUCUCUCCCUAUCCCCUAGCCUCAUAAAACAGAGUUGAGAGUCUUAAGUACCUGAGAUGUAGACAUUAUCCAGAACUCAGCUACACUCCCCUACCUUAGACUGGUACCCUCAAAUACAAGACUGAAGCUUAAUUGGGAAUUUGGCUUUGUGGAGAAAAGAAUGUUUGAAAGUUUGUGUCAGAAGGGGAGGAUGAGCUCGAUAUAUUCCCUCCAAAGGAAGGCUCUAGCUUAAUCUAAGAAGUAGAUUCCAGCUGCUCAGUAAAGGGACACAUUAGCCUUUGGGAUCAAACCAGGAAUAUCAAUCUGUAAUUAUUAAACUCAUUGCCAUGAGAUAUUUGAUAUUCUGAAAAACUGUAAUUUCUUAAUCUAAGUCCAUCCCUUCAUUAACUCUACAAUUCUGACUUACCAAUCCUAAAUUGUUGAAUGCUAAAUAUUAACAUUUAGCAUUAACUGCCUUGUCAAGCAAAGGGCCUCUCUACAACCUAGUCCAUCUCAUUUCUGGUGCUACUUGAGUUGGACAGAAUUCUAGCUCAUGGUUGCUAGGAAAGCUAGGCCUCUGAUCAUAGAACCAGAUAACUUCAGUUCCACUCAGUCUAGGCCUAGAUAAAAGGAAUGACUCUUAUUACUGCAAUUCUUAUUUUCCAAUAUUCUUUCUCACAUACUGUACACAAGUAGUAUUUUCAAUGUGAAUCCAAAGCUUGUCUGGUUCUCUGAAAACAAUUUUUUUUUUUUGCCCUUUAGGUUCUUUACAUUGUGAUAAUGCUGUAUUUAAAGAGAAUAUUUAAAUGUAAUAUUAAAGAAAUAUUCAAAAGAA